AACUAAAACACAAAUAUUCCCGAAAAAGGAAAAGAACCUCAUAGUUUGCAACUCCUUCACGUUGUCUCACCUUCUCUUCUUCCUCUUUCUUUUCAUCUAACCCAAAGAAAAGACUGCAUUUUUAGUUAAUUCAGAUAAUAAUAUCUGAAACCCUAGUCUUUCCUUUCAAACUUUUCUCUUCAAUUGAGAGCAAAUGUCGAGUUUGGAAGAGCCACUUGGCCUUGACAAGUUGCCAAGCAUGAGUACCAUUGACAUGAUUCAAAGGUUCUCAUCUGGUGCUUGUCGUCCCAGUGCUGAUGAUAUAGGAAUGGGAAGUUGCUGGAAUGACGGAAGGAGUUGCAGCUCAUCCAACAGUUGCGAGGAAGAUUAUGAGGAGGCUACAGGAGAGGCAUUUCCUUGGAAAAGGCAUACCAGGGGUUUGUCCCAAGUUGAUUCCUUUGGUAGAAGAACCAUGAGCUUAGGCAGGAACCACAUGGUAUGUGGAACAGUUUGGGACUCAAGUUACUUUCCAGAUUGCCAAUACAACUUCAAGUCCAAUAAGAAGGACAUGCAGGAUUUAACAAAUAAGUUUUGGAAAGGCAUACCAAAUUUUGUGAAGAUUGUAGAAGUUGGUCCGAGAGAUGGACUGCAAAACGAGAAAAAUAUUGUACCUACAGAUGUAAAGAUUGAAUUGAUUCGCAGACUAGUAUCUUCUGGGUUGCCAGUUGUUGAGGCUACAAGUUUUGUAUCACCCAAAUGGGUUCCUCAGUUAGCUGAUGCAAGAGAUGUGAUGGAAGCAGUUAAAAGUUUGGAGGGCUCUAGACUGCCUGUUCUGACACCUAAUUUAAAAGGAUUUGAAGCAGCUGUUUCGGCUGGUGCUAAGGAAGUAGCAGUUUUUGCAUCAGCUUCUGAGUCAUUUUCGAAGUCAAACAUAAAUUGUAGCAUUGAAGAGAGCCUUGCUCGUUAUCGUGCUGUUACACAUGCUGCUAAAAAGCUUGGAAUUCCAGUUCGUGGGUAUGUAUCGUGCGUUGUCGGGUGUCCUGUGGAAGGAGCAAUUUCUCCUUCAAAAGUGGCAUAUGUGGCUAGCCAACUUUAUGACAUGGGUUGCUUUGAAAUUUCUCUGGGUGAUACAAUUGGUGUUGGUACACCUGGGUCCGUUAUUCCCAUGCUUGAAGCAGUAAUGGCUGUGGUUCCAAUUGAGAAGCUUGCGGUCCACUUUCAUGACACAUAUGGGCAAUCUCUCCCAAAUAUUUUAGUUUCUCUCCAGAUGGGGAUUAGCACAGUGGAUUCGUCUAUCGCUGGUUUAGGUGGGUGCCCAUAUGCUAAGGGAGCAUCAGGCAAUGUUGCCACUGAAGAUGUUGUCUACAUGCUUAAUGGGCUUGGGGUGAAAACCAAUGUUGAUCUUCCAAAACUCCUCUCUGCUGGUGAUUUCAUAUGCAAGCAUUUAGGUCGCCCGUCUGGAUCAAAGACUGCUGUUGCCUUGAGCCGAGUUACUGCUGAUGCCUCUAAGAUAUGAGGCAUUUCAGGUAGAAAUAGAUUAGCAAUCAAGGAAGAUUUCGAAUUGAUUGCUGCACACACGUAUGUCUCAUAUGUAUACAAAUAGAUGAGAAUAAAAACUAAGAGCCAGAUAUCCUGUAAUUAUCAACAAACUAUUCAUUUUACUCGAUUGUAUGCUAUUAGUAGCAGAAACUGCAUAUUGUGCUGAAUAAGAAAAUGAAAUUAACAUCA